AUGGACGAGACUGACAAGCAAGUAGAAGACUCCACGGAAUUGAGCAAGGAAGAAAGAUUGGAAUUAGCCAAGAAGAAAUAUGAAGAAUUGAAGAAGAAAAAGAAAAAGAAGAAAAGUAAAGACAAGAAAAAAGAAGAUACUGAAGAAAAGGAGAGUACACAAGAACCUGAAGAAGUAAACAACGAUAAAGAUCAGGAAGACAUUGAAGAGACAAAACCAGAAGAAUCUACAGUUUUGGAGGGUGAACAAAAAGAGGUAAAAGAUGAAGCUGUUGAAGGGGACAAAGAAGUGAUCGAAGAAGCAGAAACAGAAGCAGAAGCUGAAAAAGAAAUCAAAGAGCCAGUGAAAGAAGAAACAAUUGAAUCAACAGAACCAGAAGAAUCCAUAAAGAUUGAAACGACUGUCGAGGAAGUGAAAACUUCCAAUCCUCAAACAUCAGGAAUACAGACCGAAUCACAAUCUAUCGAGGAACUCAAGGAAUUAAUAGCGGUCCAAGAAAAGACCAUCAAAAGAUUGAGAGAUGAAAAUACAGACUUGAAGCUCCAAAAGAUGGAUCUCUUGGACAAGAUCAAAACUCUUGAAGUUUCAUCGAGUACUGCAGCAUCUCCUCAGUCGCCCAUUAAACAUAUACCCGCAAAACCAGUUUAUGUCAAAAAUGACUAUUCUGAAGAAAAUAAUGAGGUCAAUGAAGUAACUGAUUUCAGAGAAAGGUUGUUGGUGUGGAAGAAUUGGCAAGUCAACAUGACCGAUUGGUCCAGUACUUAUUUAACAGAGAAAGUUACUAUGUAG